CCAUGAACCAGAACGGCAGUAAACAAGGAAGAGGAAGAGGACCUUCUGCUUUGGAUGACGCGGUUUACAAUAUUCUACUUGCUCUUCUCGUCAAUGCGUACACGUGUGCGCCGAAAUCAGAAAGAUCAAAAGAAGAACGUGUUGCUGUGCAAAAGAGAAAACACUAUGACGUUCAAACUACUCACAAUUCGUUGACAGGCCAGAAAGAAACAAGACUAGUUUAUAAGAAGUCAGGAAAAAUUGCUCUCAAGAGAUCUGAGGUUACAGAUGCAAUUCGAAAAGAGUACCAGAGCACGAAAGGAGAAGGAACAAGAAAGUUGUACCACAGAAUUGGAAGAUACUUUGUUGGAUUGGCAGACCAACAUGGUAUUCAAAAACGUCUCAACACGUUUCCUGAAAAAUAAAAACCAAAGCCACUAUUUUCAAAUCGUCCGCCUCUGCGCAGUAUUUCCUCACGUAGGGUGAUAGGAAGGAAUCAGGUAGACAUUGUGGACCUACGAAAACUAGCAAUAACAAAAUGUGAAAUCACGUACAAGUACGUGUUGUCUUUUAUUGGACGUAUUCAGUCGUUACGUCAUUUUACAACCUCUGUC